UUGUUUUUUUCUCUUUCAGGCACCACCUUCCAUGGUCAAUAAUGAACAACGCCAACAUGCCGAGCACAUAUUCUUAUCAUUUAGAAAAUCAAAAUCACCAUUUGCUGUUUGCAAACACAUCUUGGAAACUAGUAAAGUGGACUAUGUUCUUUUUCAAGCUGCUACAGCAAUAAUGGAAGCAGUUGUAAGAGAAUGGAUUCUAUUGGAAAAAACUAGCAUCGAAUCACUGCGAACAUUCCUUCUAACCUAUGUCUUACAAAGGCCGAACCUUCAAAAGUAUGUUCGGGAGCAGAUUCUGCUAGCAGUAGCGGUCAUAGUGAAACGGGGAUCAUUAGACAAAUCAAUCGACUGCAAAAGCAUCUUUCAUGAAGUCAGCCAGUUGAUCAGCAGUGGUAAUCCCACUGUGCAAACUUUGGCCUGUUCCAUUUUAACGGCGUUGUUGAGCGAGUUCUCAAGUUCAAGUAAAACCAGCAACAUUGGACUAAGCAUGGAGUUCCAUGGUAACUGUAAACGUAUAUUUCAGGAGGACGAUCUGCGGCAGAUCUUCAUGCUCACAGUAGAGGUACUUCAGGAAUUCAGCAGACGUGAAAACCUAAAUGCUCAGAUGUCUUCAGUGUUUCAGCGUUAUCUUGCACUAGCCAAUCAGGUCUUAAGCUGGAACUUCCUUCCUCCGAAUUUGGGCAGACAUUAUAUAGCUAUGUUUGAAUCCUCACAAAAUGUGAUGCUAAAGCCAACAGAAUCCUGGCGUGACACCCUCCUGGACAGCAGAGUUAUGGAGCUUUUCUUUACAGUACACCGAAAAAUCAGAGAAGAUACAGAUAUGGCCCAAGAUUCAUUACAGUGUCUGGCACAGCUGGCAUCUCUGCAUGGCUCAGUCUUUCCUGACGAAGGUUCACAAAUUGAUUACCUGGCACAUUUCAUUGAGGGAUUACUGAAUACUAUCAAUGGAAUUGAAAUAGAAGACUCUGAAGCAGUUGGGAUUUCCAGUAUUAUCAGCAACCUGAUAACUGUAUUUCCUCGCAAUAUUUUAACUGCCAUUCCAAAUGAACUUUUCUCUUCAUUUGUUAACUGCCUCGCCCAUCUCACUUGUUCUUUUGGAAGAAGUGCUGCCUUGGAAGAAGUGGUGCCAAGCUCCUGUGGCAGUGUUCGUGUUCCCGAUGAAGAGCAGGUGCCAGACUUGCUGGUCAAGCAGAUACGGGUGUUGAGAUCUUUGCUGAUAAAGGUAAUGGUCAGCAGCCGGCUGAAUGUGAGCCAGCAGUGUGUCCAGGUGGCCAAGAUGGCCAACGGUAUCCUGGCUUGUACCAGCAAUAGUGCAGUGAACAGGAGCAGGGAGGGGAUCAUCUUUCUGUACUCGGCUCUGGUGGGGCCUCAAGUGCCAUGUCAGGUUUUGGGCCCCUCGCUGCAUUAG